UUAGCAGCACUGUCCUCCGUGUUUUAUUGAGCCGCUACAGAAAUAGAUUCAUAAUAUAAAUAACUGACUAAUAAGGCACAUUUUUGUUGCUGGCCUGAAACCUCGUUGUAUAUUUUGGCCCAACAGAAGACCAAAGCUGGAGCGAGUCGUGCCUGUGAGAGUCUUGGUUCGGUUUUGGCAGCGUUUAGCUCCACCAGUUUCUCUGCUGUGCCAAUGGUAAAUGAGGAUUUGCUCUUUUAAGGGCAGUUAUUUUAUCCAAUGUUGCCAGUUGUGACAGUGCCACACAGAGAGAGAGAGAGAGAGUAAUGUUUGCUGGGCACAUGCCAGGAAUGAGGUUUGGGGUCUGCAACUAGAGAGUCAGUAAAGCUGUACAAGAAUGUCGAGCCUUCUCAUUCGUAGUUAAAGAUAGAGGCGGCACAGGCUGUAUCCUCGCUGACAGUUUCUAAUUUCAGAUAUCUUGCUCGGGCCCGUCCGUUUGGGCCACUUUUUGGUGUCAGGAAGUGGUUGUGGACAAUUGUUUCUAGAAGGUGAACUAACCUCGGCUCAGAAAAGGGAGGGCUGCUACCAUGGUGCUUUAUGAAAGGAUAACGUGCCAUUAAUCCUGUGUUGUGAGGUGAUCUCCUGAAAUGCUGGACUUGAUCCUGAAAAUCCAGAAUGAUUGAAGACAGCGGGCGGAGAGGUGACAACAUGGCAGAUCGAAGGCAACUGUUUGUUGAGAUGAGGGCCCACGACUUGGAUUCCAUCCGAUUGUCAACAUACAGAACAGCUUGCAAACUCAGAUUUGUGCAGAAGAAAUGUAACCUGCACCUGGUUGAUAUCUGGAAUGUGAUCGAGGCUUUCCGAGAGAACGGGCUCAACACCAUGGACCUCACCGCUGAGCUCUCCGUGGCUCGCCUGGAGAUGGUACUGUCCACCAUUUUGUACCAGCUGAACAAACGCAUGCCCACCACGCACCAGAUCAACGUGGAGCAGUCCAUCAGCCUGCUGUUCAACUUCCUCCUGGCAGCCUACGACCCGGAGGGCCACGGCCAAGUACCUGUCUUUGUCGUGAAGAUGGCCAUAGCAACUGUCUGUGGUGGGAAGAUUCUGGAUAAAUUAAGAUAUAUUUUUUCACAGAUAUCGGAUUCCGCUGGAAUAAUGGUGUACGCACAGUUUGACCAGUUCCUGAGGGAGGUUCUCAAGUUACCCAUGGCGGUUUUUGAGGGACCUUCGUUCGGUUACACAGAACAAGCUGCAAGAACCUGCUUUGCACAGCAGAAAAAGGUCUCCCUCAACACAUUCCUCGAUACGUUGAUGUCAGACCCGCCCCCUCAGUGUCUGGUGUGGUUUCCACUCAUGCAUCGGCUGGCCAACGUGGAGAACGUCUUUCACCCGGUCGAGUGCUCCUACUGCCAUACUGAGAGUAUGAUGGGCUUCCGCUACCGCUGCCAGCAAUGUCAUAAUUACCAGCUCUGUCAGGACUGCUUCUGGAGGGGGCAUGCCAGCGGUUCCCAUAGCAACCAGCACCAAAUGAAGGAGUAUACGUCAUGGAAAUCCCCUGCUAAGAAGUUGUCCCGCGCCCUCAGUAAGUCACUGAGCUGUGCCUCCAGCAGAGAGCCUCUUCACGCCAUGUUCCUCGAAACGCCAGAGAAACCUCUCAACCUAGCUCACAUUGUAGACACGUGGCCACCAAGACCAGUGAACAUCACCAACGACCACUCGCUGUCCCACUCCAUGCCGACAUCAGGGAACCCUUACUCCACCAAAAACAAGAAUAAUGAUGUUGAGCAAAGAAAGCCCUUGACUGGGACUGCUCCGUAUCUGUUCAAAGGGAGAGGGUUGAACUACAACCUCGAUGUUGCCGAUAGACUUGCUGACGAACAUGUUCUGAUUGGCCUCUAUGUGAAUCUGCUCCAAAACAACCCCAGAUCAUGUUUGCUCGAGACCAGUAACCAUCAAGAUGAAGAGCACAGUCUCAUCGCCCGCUAUGCUGCUAGACUGGCUGCUGAUGCUGCGGCUCAACAGCAGCGGAUCCCCACAGACCUCCCCUACUCUCUGGAUGCCAACAAACAGCAGAGGCAGCUCAUUGCCGAGCUGGAGAGCAAAAACAGAGAAAUCCUGCAGGAAAUCCAGCGGCUGCGGGUCCAGCACGAGGAGGCCUCCCAGCCGCCCCCUGACAAGGGUCAGCAGAACCCCACUCUGCUGGCGGAGCUCCGUCUUCUCAGGCAACGCAAAGAUGAGCUGGAACAAAGAAUGUCGAGUCUGCAGGAGAGUCGCAGGGAACUCAUGGUGCAGCUGGAGCAGCUAAUGAUGCUUCUCAAGCUGGAGGAGGAGCGGAGACGAGGCACUCAGGGUCCCGGCUCGCCACGCUCUUCCCCCAGCCACACCAUCAGCCGGCCAAUCCCCACACCCAUCCACUCGGACUCUGCCGGCACGACCCCGACUCACACACCUCAGGACUCACUCAUGGGAGUGGGAGGGGAUGUCCAGGAGGCCUUCGCUCAGGGUCCAAGGAGGAAUUUGAGGAACGACCUGCUCAUUGCUGCUGACUCCAUCACCAGCACAAUGUCAUCGCUGGUCAAGGAACUCAAUUCAGAGGGUGGAAGUGAGACUGAGAGCACUGUGGAUUCAGACUUUGGCCGCAGUGACCUGUCGGCCACAACCUCUUCUGAUCCCUUCAUCACCUUUAAACAAAGGAGGGUCAGCGCUGCAGAGGAUGAGAGCUUUGACAACGAUCUGGAGCAGCAGCUGGAGGACGAGCUCAGCUUGGAGGAGCUGAUGAAGCACAGGCAGGAACCAGACAAAACGUGCAUGGUGACUCUGCAGCAGUGACUGUGUUAGUCCAUGUUACUGGUGAGCAAUAUGAAACGCAACAAUAGUAGAAGACACUGGACACUGGGCCAACACUGGGCCGACACUGGGCCGACGGUACCGAGCACUGAAGAAAUGAAGACAAUUUUAAGUUGAAAAAGAAAAAAAUUGCUCAGUCCAACCACAGACUACAUUUAUGUGAAGAUAUAUAUUUUUAACCAACCACAUAUUUAAAGUAAUACUGUGAGCUGAUGUAAAGAGAUUAAUUACUAAGCUGUCUAUGAUACCACAGGUGCCAUAAAAGGAAACUCAUGACUUUCUUCUUCUUAAUUUUUAUCCUUUUUAUAUGAGUUGUGUCGCCAGUGUACGACAACAGUGUUCAUACACGGCGGCAAAGCUUCGAAUUCUCAUGUUUCUGAGUUUUAAAUGAAACGAACCAGGAUUAAAGGUUUCGUUCGUCAUCUGCUUUAUGUUUGAAACUUGAGAUUACGUUUGGAGUUGAAGUUAUUGACGAUACAAUUUGCAAUCUUUUGUAAAUGUAUAACUCUGACCUGGUUACCCUGAAGAGAUUUUAUCACUAUUCCAUUCUUACUGUUGCUGUCAAGUGGCUUUUUGUAUUUUUUUUUUUGUUUGUGUUUUGAAGCAGGCCGACUGCUACUGAUCAGAUAGUUUUGUUUUAUUUGACACAUUGGUGAUAAUAAUGCACACUGCCUUAGCUGAUUGGAUGAUCUCACAGAGGAGUUCGUUCAAACUGUUGAUGCAGCAUGUAGCUAACAACACGACUCGUUCUGCAGCGAUGCGACGUGUGUCCACUGGGGAAAAAUGAGGUUAAACUCAUUUAAUCUGACGCUUGGAAAGGCAUUUUGGUUAAGAGAGAUUUGAACUGACUAUAUGUACAAUGUCUACAUAUAAAUGGCUGAUUAAAAAUAAGUUUUAGAUGGAUUGAAGGUGUGUUAAAAGACAGGUACACAGACGCUUCCAAACAGCUAAAAUUCAAAGGUUUACACUGGUAAGGGCAUUGAACAAACUGUGUUUACUAUCAAUGGUUAAUGAAUUAAGGGUUCGAUCAUAGAUCAUUGGCCAUUGCUUCCUUUGUUAGCGUCAGUGCUCUCACGCAGACCUGUGCAUGACUUGCACAGCAACCUACACACUCUUGAUGUACUUUCUGAGUGUGCGUGAAAACUUUACUCAGUCACUUUGGAGGGCGAGAAAAGUGGCAAGCCAAUCUAAAAUCAUAAAUGUGUGAAAUAUAUCUAGUUUGAUUUUUGAGCAAGUUCAUAGCAGUGAUUUUUGCAUGGUGGUGAUGCAUAAUAAAGUGUUGACACAAUAUCACAA